UCUCAAGCCCGUCUUUCCAAAUAUCUUAAGCGGCUCCAUUGCCUCAAAGUAGCAGCACCUUAUUGACUUCCUCCCCAGAAUUCUAUGCCAAAUGGCCGACUCCGAACACUCUUCUUCCGAUGACUCUUUCUCGGACUCUCAAGCCACAGAGAAAAGCAGACAAGAAUCUGAGCUUCAAUUCUCUGAGGACGAGGAAGCACUUAUUAUAAGAAUGUACAAUCUAGUGGGAGAGAGGUGGGCUUUGAUUGCUGGGAGGAUUCCCGGAAGAACAGCAGAAGAAAUUGAGAAGUACUGGUCCUCUACAAACUCGACAAGUCAAUAAACAAUUAGGUCAAUCUGUUGUCUGACUCUACCUCAACUCUCCCAAGCUUGCAUUGCAGAAUUUGCGGUUGGAACCGAACCAAUUUGUAAUAUUGAACAUAAGAUCAA